AUAAAGUUUUAGUAGGUGCUUUGAAAAUGGAAGAAUUUACUAAUUUAUGGACUUUAAUAAUUUUUUCUCAACAAAUAGUUAGUUUGAACUUAAAUGAUUGUCUUAAUUUAAAAGAGGUAGUUAUAAGUAAUUGUCUGAAAGAACUUAUUAAGAAUAAAGAGGUGAUAAGAUCUAAUCUAGUUUUUAAUACUGAGAAAACUAAAUUGGUAAGAGGACUUCAAGUAAUUUCAGUCAAAGAAAAUGACAUUAGAAAUAUCCUAAUAAUUGGCAUGACUGGUAGUGGAAA